GACAAAGCCUAUUCAGAACUGAAAGUCUCAUUUGCUUUUUAAAGAGACAGAGCUCAGGCCUCAAAGCCAUGACGUUACCUGUGAGGAGAUGGCUGGGAAGGAGCCCAAACAUCUUAUCUGCCACUGUGAAGAGCACCCCUGAAGUACUGUGAUAACUCAAGGUGAAGGCAGUGCAGAAAUAUGCACAAAUAUUGUGGCACUCCUCCUGUAGACUGUAUUCCUCUCCCAGCCCAGUUUACUUUGUCAUUGUGAAACAAAAUAUAGCAUGUGAAAAACAUCUGCCCAUUACAUUCUUAGCUGCACAUUUUUAAAGAAUCCUUCCUUUCACAUAUUUCAAAAUAAUUGAAGGACAGACAGAAGGUUAAUCCAGUCAUGGUAGGUGCACCAGCUCAAUAUCUCUGUUAUUUGGCUUCAAUAUUGCAUUUACUGAAGCUCAUUAGAUUGUUAUCUGAUCCAGGAUAAUUCAAACAGGUCACCAAUUUGAUUAUGAGAUUGACUGGCUACAUUCAAGCCCCUGAGAACUAUUCCCUGGGAUGCAGGAAUAUCUGCUUGUACUUUGGUUGACAAUUUGCUACUUGCCUUCAACAUAUUUUCCUUACCAUCUGUCUGGCUUCACACACUGAAAGAAUCCCUUUCCCCACCUCACAAAAUCCAACUCAUCUUUCUAUUGUAACCCCUAAAAAGAUACGUAAGGAGGGGAUGUAAGGAUCCCUUUAAACCUUACACAAUCAGCCAUCAAAAGCACAGUACUGCCCUGAGGAAAGAAUGGAGUGACUCCCUGCAGUGUCUGGGCCAGUAACUCAGCCCCAGAUGUGCUUCCUUUCUAUCCAUUUCACCUUUUUAAUAUGUUGUUUGAUAAAAACCUCUAGAUGAUGUAUAAAACAUUUGGUCUUCCAGGAAUAAAACCACAAACAACAAAGAGAAGCAGUAAGAGUGUCCUGACCUUCCAAAGAGCAGUCACAGUUUGUUGGAACAGGAAGGAAUAUAGGAAGUGUACAAGAAGAGUCUCCAGGAAAGCACAGUUUUUUAAAGUUUUUUUUUAAACUGUCAAGUCAAAAUGAAAGUGCAACGGACUUCCACAUGAGGGUGUGGUGUUUGAAGACAAAAUGCAAUGUGUCAGAGCAAUUCAGAUCACUUCACUGAGGCACAUCCCAACUGCAGUACCUGCUACUCAUCUGCUGACAAAAGCUUUGCCAAGGUCUGAGAUAUGAAUAACUCAACAGAUUACUGGAUUGAGGAUGAGGAGGAUGAUCUCAACCCUCUUAUAGAUUACAAUACCUAUGAGCUUCUCUGUGAAAAAAGUGAUGUGAGAAACUUCAGAAAAUUAUUCCUCCCAGUGUUCUAUGCACUGGCUUUCACAGUUGGAGUGGCUGGAAAUUCAUUAGUGGUUGCAAUUUACGCCUACUGCAAGAAACCCAAGACCAAGACAGAUGUGUACAUCAUGCACCUUGCCAUCGCUGAUCUGCUCCUGCUCUUCACCCUCCCUUUCUGGGCUGCAAAUGUAGUGCAGGGAUGGGAACUUGGAAACCCGAUGUGCAAGCUCACUUCUUCUCUGUACACCAUGAAUUUCAGCUCCAGCAUGCUGUUCCUGGCCUGUAUCAGUGUGGAUAGGUACAGGGCCACUUCUGAAUCCCAGGGCCAUAGAAGAGUGGGCAAACACUGCAGUGUUACCUGCCUCUGUGUCUGGCUGGCUGCCACUUUCCUCAGUAUCCCAGAGCUGAUAUUUAAUCAAGUCAAGAAACACAAUGAGAGGAACGAAUGCCUUCCUAUAUUUCCAACGAACAUGGAAACACUCUUAAAAUCAACCAUUCAAAUCCUGGAAAUUAUCCUGGAAUUCCUGCUUCCUUUCCUCGUAAUGCUGAUCUGCUAUUCUGCUACUGCUCGAGCAAUCUUUAGGUCUCCAAAUGUUAAGAAGUCCAGGCCUUUCAAGGUUCUGCUGGCAGUAGUGGCUACUUUCAUUGUCACCCAGCUACCCUACAACAUUGUGAAGCUGUGGCGAGCCAUAGACAUCAUCUACAUGUUGGUUACGGACUGCCAGGCCAGUAAAACCAUGGAUGUGGCGCUCCAGGUCACCAAGAGCAUCGCUCUGUUCCACGCCUGCCUCAACCCUCUCCUCUAUGCCUUCCUGGGCGCCUCUUUCAAAAUGCACAUCAUGAAAAUUGCAAAGAACUAUGGGUACUGGAGAAGACAGCAGCAGAAUGGAAGACCUGAAGAAAUUUCUAUGAAUUAUGAAGACCCUACUGAAGAAACAAUCAGUUUCACUAUAUAGGCCCUCUAUUGCCUCCAUCAUCUUACAUAACCAAGGGAAUUGUUUACUAACUCCAGGGGGUAUUGCUUCUACAGCUGUUUCCCUGCAAGUCAGCUUUCAGAUGAAUUUCUGAACCUGCCAAGACACCACAAAGCACCUCAAAGUGGAACGUGUUUGUUGGAAUCAAGGAAGAACUGAAUACUGAAACCCCUAGAAACAACCCAAGAUAUUUACUAAACAACAUCAAAGAACUCAAACAAAAAAAAGAACCACAACAAAACCCUAAACACCUGAAAACACUCCCAAGAUUUAAAUUUCCAGGUGUCACAGUACUAGGCAAUUAAGCAACUAUGUAAUGAACAACCUGUACACAUCUAAACAUGUGAUUAAAACAGAGAAAAAAAACAUCACCAAUCAAACAACAGGAACCUUUGUACCAGAAGUUAAUAAUCGUGUGUUUCUCCAAAUAUUCUAUAAAACUUUAGAACAUUUGCCUAAGAGUUUAGCUCCAUUUCUCAACGCAAGUAUCAUUCCAUAGAUAACCUUGAAGAUUGAAAUGAAGUAUAAGCUUAUGGCUGAGAAAUGAGAGGGAGAAAGAGGGGGGAAAAGCCAUUUUCUCUGGGUUUCUAUAAAGGUAUAGCAGCAACAACAUCCUCCACAAAAACACCCCAGCAACUCCUUUUCUAUAACUACAGAAAAAAUGAAUUUUCAUCUUUUCGUUUCUGCUCACCCUAAACUUCAACAAGACCAGUGCUUGAAGGGUGGCUGGCAUAAAUGUAAUAAAAAGUUCAGGUAAUCUUCAGAUACAAGGUCUGGAUUUUUUAAUAUAGAAUUGUUAAAAGUAAGCAAGCACUGCAAUAACUGCAUCUGCUAAAAUAUAUGGCAAUAUAAUAAAAAUAAAGAUUAGAAAAAGUGCA